AUGAAUAGAGCUGAUGAUUUGAAGAAACAAUUGCGUGUCAAAUUCAUUGGAGAGGAAGGUAUCGAUGAGGGUGGUGUCAGAAAGGAAUUUUUCCAACUUGUUCUCAAAGAAAUUUUCGAUGUCAAUUACGGCAUGUUUGUCUAUGAUGAACAGCAAAGAACAUUUUGGUUUAAUAUGAAUUCCUUUGAGACCGAAGAUAAUUUCAAGCUUAUUGGUAUUGUUAUCGGUUUGGCAAUCUACAAUAGUAUUAUUUUGGACAUUCACUUCCCUCGAAUUGUCUAUAAGAAAAUGCUGGGAUUGAAACCUAACCUUGAAGAUCUCAAAGAGACAUUCCCAGAUUUGGGCAGAGGUAUGCAACAAUUGCUAGAAUUUGAUGGUGAUGUUGAGGAUGUAUUUUGCCGAACAUUCCAACUUGAAACUGAUGUCUUUGGUCAAAUUGUUACUCAUGACUUGAAGCCAAAUGGUGGUGAUAUUCCAGUAACAAAUCAAAACAGAGAAGAAUAUGUCCAAUUGUUUAUUGAAUGGAAACUUGAAAAAUCAAUUCGAACACAAUUUAAUUCAUUCAUUGAAGGAUUCAAGAUGGUCUGCAGUGAUCAAACAAUUUUGGAUUUGUUCAGAGCUGAAGAACUUGAAUUGUUAAUUUGUGGUAGCCCAGUUUUGGACUUUGAAGCUUUGGAACGUACUACCAAGUAUGCAGAUGGUUAUGAUAAAGAUCAUCCACUUAUUAAGGAUUUCUGGGAUAUUGUCCACCACUUUAGUGAAGAAGACAAGAAGAAAUUCCUCAUGUUUUGUACAGGAAGUGACAGAGUGCCAAUUAAAGGAUUGGGUGAAUUAGGUUUUGUUAUUGUAAAGAAUGGUGAUGAUGAUAGAAGAUUACCAACAGCUCACACUUGUUUCAACCACUUGCUGCUACCAAAGUAUUCCACAAAGGAAAAUAUGAAAGAAAGAUUAUUGUCAGCCAUCAAUAAUUGUAUGGGCUUUGGAUUGCAAUAA